AUGAGGUGUGCCGGUGAAACUUUAUGGAGAGUGGCUGGCCUGGCUCUGACGGUGACGCUCCUGUCGGUGUGCAGCGCCGCGUCAGAGUACGAGUACCUGGGCUGGAGGUCGGAUGUGUACAACGGCGGGCGCAGCUACGGCAAACCUCCACAGUGCGUGGACAUCCCGGACGACCUGCGACUCUGCCACAACGUGGGCUACAACCAGAUGCUGCUCCCCAACCUGCUGGAGCACGAGACGAUGGCUGAGGUGAAGCAGCAGGCGAGCAGCUGGGUGCCGCUGGUGCACAAGAACUGCCACCCGGGCUCGCAGGUCUUCUUCUGCUCGCUGUUCGCCCCGGUGUGCCUGGAACGGCCCAUCUACCCGUGCCGCUGGCUGUGCGAGGCCGUGCGCGACAGCUGCACCCCCAUCAUGCACGCUUUCGGCUUCCCCUGGCCCGAGAUGCUCACCUGUGACAAGUUUCCUCAAGGCGACGUGUGCAUGGCCAUGACGCAGCCCAACGCCACCGAGACCACUGGACCCACAGGUUAUUCGCAUGUCUGCCCUCCAUGUGACAAUGAAAUGAAAACGGAUGCCCUGCUGGAGCACAUGUGUGCCAGCGAGUUCGCUUUCAAGACCAAGAUCAAGGAGGUGAAGCGAGAAAACACAGACCGCAAGGUGAUCCUGCAGAAGAGGAAGAAAGUGUUGAAAUUGGGAAAUCUGAAGAAAAAAGACUUCAAGAAACUGGUGCUGUACUUGAAGAACGGCGCGGACUGUCCAUGCCAGCAGCUGGACAACCUGAGCCACCAGUAUCUAAUCAUGGGCCGCAAGGUGGACAAGCAGUAUCUGCUCACGGGCAUCCACAAAUGGGACAAGUCCAGCAAAGAGUUCAGAAAGGUCAUCAAGAAACUCAAGACCUACAAAUGUCCUGCCUUUGAGAAUGUCUUCAAAUAAUGCAACCUCACCCGUCUCUGGUUGCAUCUCGUCUUUUAUAAGAACUUGCACAAGCAUACAAAUCCCAAAUGUUCCUUCUUCUGUUAUUUUGUUUAUAUAUAUCUCUACAGUAUAGCUUUCUAUAGGUACAGAUAUACAUUGAAAUGCUCAUUACAUUUUCACUGAAUGUCGUGAGGGACAGUGUUACAAUUUAAAGGGUUGUCUUUCUGGUUGUUUGUUUUGUUUUUUCACUUGUAAGAAAAGGACAUUGUAGUAGAAACCCUUGCGGACUGAAAUCAUUUCUUCAGUGUAUGCAGAGACUCAACUUCCGCUCUUUCAACACAGACUGUUAAAAAAAAAUGAAA